AUGGUGAUGACUACAGUAUUGAGAAAGUUAUUACCAUUUGCGUUUUCUUCAAAAUCUAAACGUGAACAAGCAGAAGAAGAAGCACGUAAAGUUGCGAUAUUAUCACAAUCAACAUAUAAGAAACAACAACGACAAAAGAAAUUGAAAGAAACUAAAACAAAGAGCAAGAAGAGCAAAAAAAAAGAGAACAAUAAGAAUAAGAAUAAGAAUACGAAUGUUACUGUAAUUAAAAAGGAGAUUGAACAUGAGGAUACAGAAUCCAAAGUUCCUAUUGAUUACAAAGCACCAAAUAAUGAUUCAUUAUAUAUUCAAGCUAUUGAUGAAGCAAUACGGUAUAAAUUAAUCCAUGAAGGUAAAGAACCCGAUAUAAGUGCAUUAACGACUAUUGGUAGGAUUAUAACACAAUAUCAAAAGGAUCCAAAUCCAUAUCGACAACAUUAUAAAGGAGUUCAUAUUGUAAGAAAUCCCAGUACAGAUAGUGAUAAUAGUAAUAAUGAAGUUAUUGCUAAAGAUUCAAAUUUAAAUAAGCAAGCAUCUAUUGAUACCAUAACAGGAAACACGAAUAUUACAGGAACUAGAAGACAAAGAUAUAAUAAGAAUCGUAACACAAUGAUUGAGCCAUUGACAUCUACAGCUACCAAUGAAAUUCAUUUAUUAAAUAAAAGAUCGACCAAUACAGUUGAUCGUAGUGGUAGUAGUUAUGAUAGUUCAGAACGACCAUUAAGAAAGAAACCACAAAAGGAUAAAUCUUCGACGAAAGGUAAAAGUAAUAAUAAAAGUAGUCGAUUAGAUAAAUUUAAGAUAAACAAGAUGAUUACACAAACUAAUACUGAGAGUGUUAUGAAAGGUAUGUAUAUUAGGAACUUACUAACCCCCCUUACACGUUAA